CCUCGCCUAUAUAAACCCGCUGUCCUCUCCUGCGCAAACCCUCUCGCUCUCUCACCGCUGCGUCUCUCUCUCGGCUGCUGCUCCGUUGAUUUAUUUGCUUGUUCGAUCUCGGAGAGAGAGACUGCAAUCAUGUUGGUCUAUCAGGAUCUUCUCACUGGCGACGAGCUCCUCUCCGACUCCUUUCCAUACAAGGAACUCCAUAAUGGCGUGCUUUGGGAAGUUGAGGGAAAGUGGGUUGUUCAAGGAGCAGUUGAUGUAGACAUUGGUGCCAAUCCUUCUGCUGAAGGUGGUGAAGACGAGGGUGUUGAUGACCAAGCUGUUAAGGUGGUUGACAUUGUUGACACAUUCAGGCUCCAGGAGCAACCUGCUUUUGAUAAGAAGCAAUUUGUCACUUACAUGAAGAGGUACAUCAAGUUGUUGACACCCAAGUUGGAAGGGGAGAAGCAGGAGGAGUUCAAGAAAAACAUUGAGGGAGCAACCAAGUUCUUGCUCUCGAAGCUCAGUGACCUUCAAUUCUUUGUUGGCGAGAGCAUGCAUGAUGAUGCUUCCUUGGUGUUUGCCUACUACAAGGAAGGUGCCAGUGACCCAACAUUCUUGUAUUUUGCCCAUGGUUUGAAGGAGGUGAAGUGCUAAAAGGUGGGCCAGCUGGCUUCAAAGAUGAAGUGCGUGCUGUAGUUUAGUUUUAUUUAUUGCCUGCCCUUUCUCUAGUGUAUCUCUCUAAUGGUUAGACUUGAGGUAUUGGGUCUGCUAUUCUGGGUUAAUUGUGGAUUUCGGUUUACAACAUACCCUAUUUCUAUAUGUUGUGUUUUAUGCUUUGUUUGAGUUGGCAAAUAAGUUAUGUGUCUUGAACUUUCUUCAAUUUUGCAAAUAUCAGUUUAUGAUUUUUGUUAAUUCAAGUACAAUCCAGUUGGACCAGUUACGAGUUCUAACUGGGUAUAUUUUUGUGAA